AUGUCCAGCGGCAACGUGGAACUCCUGGGCGACAAUGUGGAAAUCCUCGACUACGAACCCGAGGGCAAGGCUCCCACCGCAGAGCAGUUUCCAGCGGCGGGUGCAGAAGACGAGAGCCCCCCCAUGUCCAUGGUGUUCACCGUCGAUGAUUUGCUGGACAACAUCGCCACAGCAGAUCCGGCGGAACUGGAGUGGGCCUACAACACCGGACGUGUCUCUCUGGAGGAUAUCGUAGACGCGGCCCAUCUGUCGUCCAUUUCCCCCCUUUUCGUUCCUCCUUUCUCGCUCCCGCCGGAAGACAGAUUAAUCCUCUUGCCCCACGACGAGUUUUUGGCGUACCAACGGUUGAACGAGAUGUGGUGCGACGGUCUUGCAGGGAAGAUAGCAGAGGCGGAGGCGCGAGAGCAGGCGAAGCGCGAGGACGCGGAGCGCUUGGCGGAACGGGAGGCUGCUCUGGCCGCUGCGGCGAGGAAGCAGGAGGAGGAGCGUGAGGCUGUUCGGGCUGCUGCGGCGAGGAAGCAGGAGGAGGAACGUGAGGCUGCUCUGGCUGCUGCGGCGAGGAAGCAGGAGGAGGAGCGUGCGGCUGUUCUGGCGGAGCGUGAGGCGUAUCUCCAAGCGGCUAGGGCGAAGCAGGGGGCGCUGUUCGUGAGGUGGAGUAUGCCAUCCUUACGAAGGCCACCGUGGUAGUACUCAUGUGUGGUUUUGAGCUAUGCAAGUGCGCAAGUGCGUGGCCGUCCAUCGGUCAUUUUGGAUAUUCGGGGUAUCUCCGGUAUUAGAAUCUUUGGCAAGUUGUCGCGCGUUCCCUGCUGUCAUGUGUUCCGAGUUCCGAGUGCGUCUUGCGACUGUUGCUCGCGUGCCUCGGUGUUUGUGAUGCACCCGGGUGCCCACUCUCUUCCGUUGCUUGUGUCUACGAGGACAACCAAUGAAACGACUUUACCAUUUCU